GCUGGAUAGAAGUUGGCCACUUGCAUUCCCUGUGUGCGCUCUGUCACAUUCACUUGCACUGACACCACAGCAAAAGGAGAAAAAGGACUAUACAGAACACUCAGCAUCAUUACAUGGGUGACCAGCCGGAAUACUAACAUUAAAAAAAAAUACAUCAUUUUGGUUGAUCCAGAAAAGAAGCAUCAGGAUGGGAGGAAACACCUUGAGAUUCACUGUGCUAGUGGUGUUGACUGGAAUUGCAGUCAGCAGCAGUUUUGGGGCGUACUACCAAAAUCAGACUGAUGCUAAUGCAGAUUUCACAAUGCUAAAUCGGAGUCAAACUUCACCUGUGAGAAAAGGAAAUAGGUCGACUGAUUUGUGCCCAGAAAGGACUAAAAUCAAUCAUGUCUUUAAAUAUAUAAACACAAUCCUAUCAUGUGCUAUUUUCAUCAUUGGAAUGGUUGGCAAUGCAACCCUGCUCAGGAUCAUUUAUCAGAACAAGUGUAUGAGGAAUGGCCCAAAUGCCCUGAUAUCAAGCCUUGCUCUAGGAGACCUCAUCUACAUUGUUAUUGACAUCCCUAUCAUUGUAUUUAAGCUGCUUGCCCAGCGUUGGCCCUUUGAUCAGUCUCCUGUUGGGUUUUUCCUCUGUAAGCUGGUUCCCUUUAUUCAGAAGGCUUCAGUUGGAAUCACAGUGCUCAAUCUGUGUGCCCUGAGUGUGGACAGAUACCGAGCAGUUGCAUCCUGGAGCCGAGUUCAAGGCAGCGGAAUUCCUCUUAUCACAGCCAUUGAAAUCAUCUCUAUUUGGGUUCUGUCCUUCGUCCUGGCAAUUCCUGAAGCCAUAGGCUUUGUCAUGGUGCCCUUUGAGUAUCGUGGUGAACAAUUCAGUACAUGCAUGUUCCACGCAACAAGCCCAUUUAUGAUGUUCUACAAAAAUGCAAAAGACUGGUGGCUGUUUGGCUUUUACUUUUGUGUGCCUUUGGCUUGCACUGGAGUCUUUUAUACAAUGAUGAGCUGUGAAAUGCUACACCAGCGGAAAGGAAGCCUAAGGAUUGCUAUUAGUGAGCACCUGAAACAGCGCCGUGAAGUUGCAAAGACUGUAUUCUGCCUGGUAGUAAUAUUUGCCCUUUGCUGGUUCCCGUUACAUCUCAGCCGAAUUAUUAAGAAAACUGUUUACAACGAGUUGGAUCCUAGUCGAUGUGAACUACUCAGCUUUUUGUUGGUGAUGGAUUUCAUCAGUAUUAACCUAGCAGCGCUGAACUCCUGUAUCAAUCCCAUAGCUCUCUAUUUUGUGAGCAAGAAAUUUAAAAACUGUUUCCAGUCAUGCCUUUGCUGUUGUUGCCAGUCUAAGACACAUAUUAAUGUAGCUCCCAUGAAUGUGACCAGUAUUCAGUGGAAAAACCAUGAGCAAAAUUACUAUGGUGCGGACAGAAGUAUUCACAAGGACAGCAUCAAUUAGCCCCUCCCUUGAAUAACAAAGAACCUCCAAUGAAAAAUCACAGGUGGCUGUUUCCUACAGCAAAUCCACAAAGAGUGUCAGAUAAUUCAAAAUCCUGCUGGCGGUGUUUGUGUUUUCAUUCCAUUUCAGACAGUUCUUUGUAUUUGAGCUCUGCGCAUCUGUUCUCUUAUUGACUGUAAUACAGUCUUCACCUUUCACACCCAGCAUAUGCGCACAGACGGACUGUAACCAUGGAUCUUUCUGCCCUUGGUGCCCUUGGGAAAGAGACAUUUUUACUGGCCUGCAAACAUUUUAAUUACACGAUAAACAUGAAGGAAUUAAUUUGCCAGUUCUCUCUCAUUACUGAGACAAGUGUCCCGACAUAUUGGAAUGCUUUACAGUCCAUGCUAGCAACAAUGUUGAAAGAGUUUAUGCAGACUGCAGUAUUUCUAAUGAGUUAUUAUAUAUAAAACUAUAACUACAUUGUAUAGAGCCAUUUAUAUUUAAUACCAUAUCACUCCAAAAAUAUAUUUUUUAUUUGAGCAUAGUGGAAUGUGAGUUGAAGUAUUCAAGCAUGUGUUGUGCUGACAUGUUGUCCAAACUGUAAAAUGUUGGGUAUAAAGUAAAAAGUUGGACUAACAUUUUGCCAAAAAAAAUUUAAAAUGUUGGGUAAAAAAUGUGUGUUUUAUAGCACUUCAUUAUUUGAAGCCUUUCUUAUGUAGAUAGUGGGUUUUUAAAGCGCAUGCCAGGAAAUACCACAAUGAGCUAUUAACUGAGCAAAGAAACUCUUUUAAUGAUACCUACUGCACAAGUCCCAAAUUGUUCAGGUAAACAAAAAGUUAUAUCAGCUUUCAAUUCAUUUACUUUUUUUUUUUGGUUGUUAUUAAAUCUGGUUUGCAUUUACGGCCAUAUGAACCAAUUAUUUUCUAUUCCUUAUGUAUGGAAAAAUGUAUGUAGCUGUUUAAUCAGGCUUUUGGAGUCACAUAAAACAGUGCUCAGCAUCGCUUACUCCACAGAGGAAACAAAUGUUUUAUUCAUUUUUCAAACUCUAUUUGUGUAGAAUAGCAAUGCUCAGCAGUGAAUGAUGUAUGUUUACAAAGUUAGUGCUUUUAACCAUGCAAAACGCUCAUUAGAGAAUCAGUGUGAUUGUUCCAUACGCACACCACUUUAAAGAAGUCAAAACGUCAAUAGUGUAAUAUAAUCUUAAGUGCAUUUCUUUUUCUAUUUGAAACAAAGAAAUACUUUAUGGCUAGAAAAUUCCACCACAGGCAGCACAGUGAUAUCUUGAAAGCGGAGGCAAUUUUUCAAUAGAAAAUUUUACUCUACAAAUAGAUUGGGUUUGCUUAUUGUUAUGUACAAAAGCAAUUAAGAGAUUAUUUAAUGCUGUAUAAAGAAUAUAAAAAUAUAAUUUUGUAAUUUACUCUCUCUCUCUCUCUCUCUCUCUCUCUCUCUCUCUCUCUCUCUCUCUCUAAGCAUUUUAAACACAUGCAAAAUUCUGUAAAUACUAUUUUCUAUGUAAUCUUUUAUUCUCUACAAUAAUUGUCAUGGGCAUGCUUAUGUAGAAGCCCCAAAUAACUAUUUAUUAUAUUAUUUCUGAGCCAGAAGUAUAGAAAGUAUAGAGCAAUCUGAAGCUCAUGGAUCAUAUAAUACCACCCAUAUACCAGUAGCUAACACACAAGGGCAGAGCUCCAGGGAGUGGAGUUGCUGUGACGGUAACCAGGCCUCAAGGUCCGAGAGAGUAAAAUUGAUAUAGAAACAAAAAAGUAUAGUUUAAAGGGUUGGUGCACAAUCCCAAAUUCAGGUAUUGGGGGUACAGAUACAAAGAAUAAGCUAGUGGUGAUUAAGGAGAAUGUGUUUUGUUGGUGACAAGGAGGGUGGACCAGAUACUUCAUUGGAAGCCGAUGGUCCAGUUGGUAUGCUUCUCUUUAUUCACCGUCAAUUCACUUCUUCUUCAAGUAGAAAGAUUUAUAUAAGUGAUGUAAUUUCAACGUGAAAUUAUGAUGUUGUCUCUUCCGGGCACAACAACCCCUGACUCACACUUAUGUAUUUUAGAACUUUUUGACAUGACUGUUGGCUCAUUGAAGGUCUUCAAGUUGUAAUUUAUUCAACAGGCAAACGUUAUGUCAUAGGCAAUUGUUCAGUGAAUGUUAGCUACAGUAAAUGCAUUAAAAGUUAUAUAUGUAUAGCGAGAGAGUCCAUUUUUUUACAUGAACAGUUUUUAUAUAUGGCUGUGUAUGUUGUCAUGCACUUGUUCAUUUAGAGCAUAUUUGUCUCUAAUAAAGACUCAUGAAUAUGCACUACA